AUGACGACUCAGUACAGUCCACGGCUACACAACGAAAUUUACCCUUUCAUUGAACCCGCCAAGUUCAAGGGCUCGUUGCAAGACAAAGUCGUGUUGAUCACAGGAUCUGCUGGAACUAUCGGUCGAGCUCUAGCGGAGUGUUUUGCUGUUGCUGGCGCCAAGCUAGUCCUUGUGUACAACCGUACCCCGGCCAAGCCCGACUUCAAAGAGCAGUGUACAAAGCUUGGAGCGAGCAGCGUGACAUUCAUCCAGUGCGACAUCUCCGAUUUGACCAGUUGCCGGGAGCUCGUGGAAAAGGUCGAGAAGAGUGUCGGCAGUAUCGACGUGCUCGUUAACAACGCAGGGGUGGACCAUCUAGGACCGCUGCACUCUCACGACCCAGAAAGACUCCUCGAUGGGCUAGCUGUUAAUCUGCUAGGCCCAUUCUACCUGGCGCGGCUGGUAAUACCGGGCUUCAUGCAAAGGAAACAAGGUUGCAUCAUCAACAUAGCCUCACGUGGGGGAACUAUUGACAUUCCGUUCAACACAAUCUACUGCACAAGCAAGGCCGCCCUGAUCAGGAUGACGAGCUGCUGGCAGCUGGAGCUAAACUCAACUGGAUGUGACGAUAUUCACAUGUACGCGCUCCAUCCCGGAGCUGUACACUCGGAACUUACAUCAGCAGGAAGUGCGGCUGGCUUCUUUGCUGAGUACCCUCAUGUUGGGAAGAUGUUCCUCGAUUCUCUUAAAACCUUCAAAGACUCGCCCCACCUAAGUGGCAUGGUAUCGGUUGCAUUAGCCACUGGCAUUGCGAAGGAGGCGCUUAAGGGCAAGUACUUCGACGUUCAGCAAGAUCUAGAAGAUGUUAUUACCCAGGCAUCUACAAUCAGGGCAGACCCGGAGCUGUAUACACUCAACACUAAGUUUCUAGGAGGCUUGGAGAAUGAUGGAGGAACAGAGAAGAGGGCAGCGGAAGACCCAUUUCAAUUCCCAGGGUUUUAA